UAUACAUUGUUGAGUUUAUAUGUCUCUCUCCUUUUAGUUCGUUCCUUCUUCCUUUCUACCACACCCCAUGGAAUUUCAAAACCUUUUGUUUAUUCUCACCACCUUCGUCUUUCUCUUUGUGCUAUUCAAAACAGUUAUUAGCAAAUUCAGUUCUAAUAAAAAGACCAAUUUACCCCCCGGGCCAAGGAAACUACCACUCAUAGGAAAUAUCCACCAACUUGUUGGUCCAUUACCCCAUCAAUGCUUAAGAGACUUAGCAUCCAAAUAUGGACCCUUAAUGCACCUUAAACUAGGAGAAGUCUCCAACAUCAUAGUUUCUUCACCUGAAAUGGCACAAGAGAUUAUGAAGACUCAAGAUCUAAACUUUAUUGAUAGGCCUCAUGAAACUCUUUUUGCUAGAAUUAUUACUUACAAUGGAAGAAGCGUUUCCUUUGCUGCCUAUGGAGACUAUUGGAGACAAUUAAGGAAGAUAUGCACCAUGGAGUUGUUAACAGCAAAGCGUGUUCAAUCUUUUAGGUUCAUCAGAGAAGAAGAGGUCUUGGAGAUGAUUAAAACAAUAUCUGAAAGUGAAGGGUCCAUUGUUAAUCUCAGCAAGAAGAUUUUCUCAUUGACAUAUGGGAUCGCAGCUAGGGCAGCAUUUGGUAAGAGGUGUAGUUACCAGCAAGCUUAUAUAUCAGCUAUUGAGGAAUUAUUGCUACUAGCAGGAACAAAUUGUGUAGCAGAUCUGUAUCCUUCUGUUAGGGUGUUUCAAGUGAUGAGUACAACCAAAGCCAGGAUGGAAGAACUUCACAAAAAGACUGAUAAAAUAUUACAAGACAUCUUAGAUGAUCACAGGAAUAGAAAAAGUAGUCAUCACUGUGAAGAAGUUGAAGAUCUAGUUGAUAUUCUUCUCAAGUUUCAAAAGGAGUCAGAAUUCUCCUUGGAUGAUGACUGCAUCAAAGCAGUUGUUCAGGACAUGUUUGCUGGUGGUGGCGAAACAUCAUCGGCGGUUGUGGAUUGGGCAAUGGCUGAGAUGAUAAAGAAACCAAAAGUGAUGGAAAGAGCACAAUCUGAAGUUAGAAGGGUUUAUGGUAACAAAGGAUAUGUGGAUGAAUCAGAAUUGCACCAAUUGACAUACCUUAAGUCUAUCAUCAAAGAGACAUUAAGAUUACACCCAUCUUUGCCUUUCUUAGUUCCAAGAAGGAACAGAGAGACAUGCAAAAUCAUGGAAUAUGAUAUUCCAGCAAAUUCUAAGAUCAUGAUCAAUUAUUGGGCAAUUGGAAGAGAUCCAAGGCUUUGGGUUGAUGCUGAGAGUUUUAUGCCAGAGAGAUUUUUAGAUAGUUCAAUUGAUUACAAAGGCACAAACUUUGAACUUAUUCCAUUUGGUGCUGGAAGAAGAAUCUGUCCCGGAAUUGUAUUUGCUACACCAAACAUGGAGUUGCCACUUGCUCAAUUGCUUUACCAUUUUGAUUGGAAGCUUCCCAAUGGAAUGAACAAUGAAAAACUUGACAUGACCGAAUUGUUUGGGACUACUGUAAGAAGAAGAAAUGAUCUCUGUUUGAUUCCCAUUAUUGUCAAGAAUAUGCAUAAAAAAUAACAAUAUAAUUAGCAGUUAGGAUGAUUAGUUACAUAUAGUUAAUUAGCCUCGGUGUGUUUGGUUAGAUAAUUCUGUUAGUAAUUCUGUUUGAUGCUGUUUUCAUUCCAGCAUAGUGUGUGUUAUCUAUGUAAUUAAGCUCCAUAUAAGGCUAAACUUUGCUAUGGUCAAUAACACAAUUUUCCAUUUCCUUCUUUUACUAA